UUUGACAAGAGUACACGGACACCGUAAUGACUUGUUGUUCAUACAUACUUUCAAUUUUGACUUCUUCUUCUUCUUCUUCUUCUUCAGAAUCCUACUUGAUUUUCGGUACUGCUUCAAAUACGAAGCUUUGAUCUGGAAUAAACUUCUGGCACAAUUUCCUUCUUCCUCCUUCACUCAUUAUAAUUUCAACUCAUUCCUCAUUAUAAUUAAGUUUUGGAUUGGCACUUUCACCCUCAAUUGGAACUUCAUGGAUAGUUCAAAGAAUUCGGUAGAUUGUGAUGCUAUUCGUGAUGAAGGUAUAGAAGUUGAUAACUCAAAUGAUAAUGAAGGUAUAGAAGUUGAUAACUCGAAUGAUAAUGAAGGUAUGGAAGUUGAUAACUCUAACGAUAAUGAAGGUAUAGAAGUUGAUAACUCUAAUGAUAAUGAAGUUAUAGAAGUUGAUAACUCUAAUGAUAAUGAAGUUAUAGAAGUUGAUAACUGUAAUGAUGAUGAAGCACGUUGGAAGCCUGAAACAGGGAUGUGUUUUUCUUGCAUAGAUGAUGUUAAAACAUUUUAUGGAGAGUAUGCUUUGAAAAAGGGUUUUAGGUGGAAGAUUAGAACAUCAAGAAAAGGAGAUAAUGGAGAGAUCUGCUAUGUAAUUCUUGCUUGCUCAAGAGAGGGAUCUAGACUGUCAAAAAAUUCGUUACAAACUCUCCCAUCUAAGGAAAAAAAUUGUCCAGCCAAGAUUUGCAUUAAGUUGGAAGACGAUGGUUUGUGGUACAUUAAAAGAUUUGAAUCUAGCCAUUCUCACGAGACUACCCCUACAAAGGCAAGAUUGUUCAAGGCUAACAGGAAAAUGAACUUGCGUGUAAAGAGAGCAAUCCAAAGCAAUGAUGAUCCAGGAGUGAGGAUCAAGAAGACUUUUCAACCUCUUGUUAAAGAUGUAGGAGCGCAUGAAAUUACACCAUUUUGCAAACGAGACAUGGGAAAUUAUGUUAACAAGGAACGACAUGCAAUUGGAAAAGAAGACAACAACACAAGAAUGAUGGAACUCGAAGCUGAAGUAAAGCGAAUAAGUGAAAGAAUGGAGAAGUACCACUCAGAGCUGCUAGAAAAGAUGGAGUGGAUGAAUGUCAAGAUCAAUCGAAUCACAGAUGCCUUUGGUACACUUCAAGGGUAUUCGCAUGGCACUCAAUCGCAAGUUAAACCAACCAAACAACAGCUUUCUUGUAUCCUUGAGUUUGGUGGUGUAUCCAUGGGGGUUGAGUUUGGUGAUCUAAACAUUAAUCGUGGACCAGCAGGUGCAGGAGCUUUACUGCUUGCUGAAGAUGGGAGUCUGCUCUAUGGGUUUCGCCAAGGACUGGGUCACCAAACAAAAGAGUCCGCUGAGUAUCGGGCUUUACUCUUGGGAUUGAAACAUGCGAGUAUGAAGGGAUUUAAGUAUGUUACUGCCAAAGGAGACUCGGAACUUGUUAUCAAUCAGAUUCUGGAUCCCUGGAAAAUCAAAGACGAACAUUUAAAGAAAUUAUGUGCUGAGGCUUUGGAGCUGAGUGAUAACUUUCACUCAUUCCGCAUCCAACACAUUUCCAGGGAACGUAACUAUGGAGCUGUUCGUAAUGCAAACCGGGCCAUCAAUCUCACUGAUGGUCAAGUUGAAGAAAAUCAUAUGCAUUAAUCAUCGUCAGAGACAGCGCCACCAUAACAAACUAUUGACAACUAACUGUGUUACAUUUCUUGUUUUAAGCUGAGCCUAGCAAUUUAGCAUAUUGAGGAUUUUACAUAUGACGGUAUGACACUGCAUGUCCAAGGUCAAAUGUUGCUUACAAUUUUCUAAGUUUCAACAUCCAUGAUGUAUAGAUGACCGUCAUGUGAUUAGGAAAUUAAAUUGUUAUGUUCAUAUUUUGUGAAUCUCUAUUUUCUACUUUCAUCUUCAAAACUCUGCUAUGUGAUGAUCAACCAAAUGUGUUUAAUGUCAUGACCCCCAAAUGAAACUUCCUUUUGAUAAAAA